UGACUGCAUUGCACCAAAUAUAAACAUAAGAGAGCGUUCUCGAGAUUUCCGUACUCCAAUGCCAUUCCUCCGAAGUAAAAGAGCUAAGAUCACCGGAUUAACUGAUGUUAUCACAUGCCCAAACACUGUCCGUAAUAAAAAGCGUUGGACUGCAUUUUUAGUAGAACGGACAACUGGUGAACGGAUCAGAGAAAUAAACAUUACAGGUGUAGACUCGUCGAUUAACUCAGAAUUGGCUUUUGAUCCUUUGUAUCUGGAAUGCGGCGUUUAUCUUUUAUUCUACAAGGUCACAAUGCUUACACCAAACGAGAGCGAAGAAGAGUUUUCCAGCAAAGCUGAGACAUACAUUGAAAUAAAACGAUCUCCACUUGUCCCACAAAUAUUUAAUGGAUCUAUUUCAAUGAUGACAAUAGGACCUAACAAUCUAUUAACUUUGCAUCCGAGUAUAUUCUCAAAAGACCCUGAUGAAAUAAAUGGACAAGAAAAUGUCUUCGAUUCUGUGAUGAUGGCCUGUCGAGACAUGACCUUGAACGAAACGUUCCCAGAUAUGUCAGUAGAGGUUAUUCCAAGGAACUUUAGUGACCUUCCACCUUUGCACACUAAUACAGGUGGAUGUUUUCAGACUGGACCCGGCUGGUUUAAAUAUUUUAAUGGGUUUGUCUCGUUCUGGUCGGAAAUACUUACACCUGAGCAUACAUACGAGUUUAAGCUGGUGAUUCGAAAAGAUGAAAGAGAAAAUUCUUCCUAUGCUCAGGUACAAGUAGCAACUGCAGACCCACCCAAAUUUGAAAUGAGUUUUAAGAUACCACACAUUUUAAAGUCGUCAUCUGAUGGGAAAAGGUUCAAUCCAAACAUGCAGCUCGGUAUGUUUGCCAAUCUUGUUGAACCGUGUCCAGCAUGUACCUACCAGUGGGAAUUGUUUGCAUGGGACUACCAAUUUUGUGGAGACAAAUAUAGAUGUUGGCGAAACUUGGCCUACCUUGGCCGAUACAUCGAGGGUAAGUCAUAUAUUGUUUAA